CACCUAACUGCGUUUCCUUGGAGCCGAGAACAGAAAUACCCAAAUUUCAUCUUCAAUUUCACAAAGUAAAAGAAAAAUGGGGAAGCCAAAGAAAGAAUCAGCAGAUAGAAACGAGGAACUACAUGCGGCGGCUCGAUGUGGGGACCUAACUGCAGUUCAAACGCUCUGUAGCACUAAUCCUUUAGCUGUCAACUCUAGAGAUAAACACUCUCGUACUCCGCUCCAUCUAGCAGCAUGGUCUGGGCAUGCCCAAAUAGUGGAAUAUCUCUGCAAAAACAAAGCUGAUGUGGGUGCUGCGGCUAUGGACGACAUGGGUGCUAUUCACUUUGCUGCUCAAAAAGGUCAUUUGGAAGUUGUUAGACUUCUGGUUAGUUCUGGAGUGUCCGUUAAAUCAUGCAAUCGCAAGGGUAUGACUGCCCUUCAUUAUGCUGCCCAAGGGUCCUACCUGGAACUCAUCAAAUAUUUGUUGAAAAAAGGCGCAAACGUUAACACUAAGAACAAGGCAGGGAAAACCUCCAUUGAUCUCGCGAGCAAUGAAGAAGUCUGCUCCAUUUUACGUCAACCUGAAACUGCAUCGUCCAAAGCAACUGUAAAUCAUGGAGAAAACAAGAUUGAACCCGAACCAAAGAUAGAGAGCUCUGAUGGCAAAGGUGCUGCAGCUGAGGAAGGGGAAAUUGAGGCUGAGAAAGAUGAUUCGCUCAAGAGAAAGGGCGAUGAAGACGAAACCAGCGAGAAGUCAAAGGAAACAAAGAAGGCGAAAGUUGCAUUAAAUCAUCUUCUAGCCUCAGAUGACAACCAGGAAGAUGAAGAAAAUCUUUGAGCACCUUGAAUGGAAGAAUAGGCUUCUUUAGCUAACAGUGUUACUGACCUGUAAACUAGCUACUUUACUAGCAGAGUAGUUUACUAAGAGCAUCAUAUAAAUAUGUACUGUUUCCUUUAAAAGAAGCAGAACCAUUAUACUAUCGUCUUAACUUGA